AAAUGAACUCUAACUCUGAUUAGUAAUAAUGUUUUUUUGAUUCCUUAGUCAUUUCCUUUUCAAAGUAUUAUUAAUUGGAAAUUCUGGUGUUGGCAAGUCAUGUAUGCUUAUGAGAUAUUCUGUAUUACAUAUCAGUUAAUGUUUAAGGAAAAUCAAUUCACCAAUAAUUUCUACAACACAAUUGGAGUGGAUUUUAAAACUAAAACUAUUACUAUAGGUGAACAUAAUGUUAAAUUGCAAAUUGUUAAUUAUAUAAUAAUAUAAAAAUAGUGGGACACUGCAGGUUAAGAUCGAUUCAGAACUAUAACUUGUAGUUAUUAUAGAGGUGCUUAAGGUAUUAUUAUCGUUUAUGAUAUUACUGACAGAGAGUCAUUUGAAAAUGUGAAAACUUGGAUUGCUGAAAUUGAUAAGUAUUAUAUAUUAUUUAUAUAAGGUAUGCAUCUGAAUCAGUGAAUAGAAUGUUAGUUGGAAAUAAAGCUGAUAUUACAGAAAGAAGAUAAGUUUCAUAUGAAGAGGGAUUAGAAUUAUGUAAUUUUAUUAUAUAUAUUUUUUAAUUAGCAAGAUAAUAUUAAUUUCCUUUCUAUGAAACAAGUGCAAAAUCAUCAAUCAAUAUUGAAGCAGCAUUUAAUCAUAUUACAAAAAACAUAUUAAACAGAGAAAUUCAUAAUUCAAAAGCUGUAGUUAAAAAAACUUCAAAUUUGAGAUUAUAAACAAGAUAACAAUAGUAAUAAUAAUAAUAAGAAAAAAAGAAACAAGAAGAUUUAUGCUGUUGA